AUGGGAUUCUUAUAUUCACAGUUUUUUGUUACUCCUCCAUACCCCACACAGUCGUUUGAGGGCCAGACUGUGCUGGUCACCGGCGCAAAUGUCGGCUUAGGGCUAGAAGCUGCACGUCAUAUCACGCGACUGGGCGCGUCUCAAGUCAUCCUAGGUGUUCGCAAUGUGGAAGCUGGCAAGGCUGCCAAGGAGGACAUCGAGAAAACCACAGGUCGCACAGGCGUGGUUGAAGUCUCGGAGGUCGACCUAUCCUCAUAUGCCUCCGUGAUCGCAUUUAGCGAACGUAUCUCGAAGCUCCCCAGCCUCGACGUAGCCAUCCUCAAUGCCGCAAUCGCAACAACGGAGUUCUCCACCGCCGAAGGCUACGAGCGAUCUGUCACCGUCAACGUGAUCAGCACUCUCCUCCUCAGCCUUCUCCUCCUCCCUAAACUAAAGGCGACUCGGAAACUGAUCCCGACACGCACACCCCGCCUCACAUUCGUCGUGAGUGAAGUCCACGGCUGGGCCAGCUUCCCAGAAUGGAAAGAAGAUGCACCGAUGAAAGAAGUUAGUGACCAAACAAAGGCGAAAAUGGGCGAACGAUACCCAUUAUCGAAGUUGCUAGAGGUCCUGCUGGUGCAGGAACUGGCAGGUCGGGUUCGUGGAUCAGAAGUCAUCAUCAACAUGAUCAACCCUGGUCUCUGUCACUCGCAGCUCGGACGGGAUGCCGGGAUGGCCUUUAUGCUUAUGAAAAUAGUUCUGGCUCGACGCACUGAGGUUGGCUCGCGGACCCUUGUUGCCGGGGCUGCGGCUGGACUGGAAAGUCACGGCGCAUAUAUGACUGAUGGACAUGUGGAGAAUAUGGCUCUUUCUCCAUUUGUGCGGAGUGAUGAGGGGCGUCAGGCGCGUGAGAAGUUGUGGGAUGAAUUGUCGGCGAUUCUGGAGAGUGUUCGGCCAGGUAUCAUGCAGAAUGUGUAG